CAGUCUUUCUCACUCUUAUCGCGGGCAGAAAGAGCGCGGCUGGCCUUUUCUCUGCUGCCUGAGCGACAGAAAUAGAUCCUCUCCCCCUCUCUCCCUCCUUCGAGGGCUAGCAAGGACAUGACACACAUUUCCCCCUCGUUGUGCUUCCUUCGCGGAGGGUGCCAGCCCGCGGAGCCCCAGAGGCGCACGCACGCAGGCACAAUGGCACGCCGGCGCUUUACGCACCGGUGAUGAAUGCGCCUGGUGAUGGUGGCUGGAAAAGAGCUUUCUAGAAACCCUGCGAUCCAGGUAUCAGACCCCCCAUCAUGAACGGGCCCAUGCACCCCCGCCCCCUGGUGGCGCUGCUGGACGGCCGGGACUGCACCGUGGAGAUGCCCAUCCUGAAAGACGUGGCCACGGUGGCCUUCUGCGACGCUCAGUCCACGCAGGAGAUCCACGAGAAGGUCCUGAAUGAAGCUGUAGGAGCUCUGAUGUACCACACCAUCACCCUGAUGAGGGAAGACCUGGAGAAGUUCAAAGCUCUGCGCAUCAUUGUUCGCAUCGGCAGCGGCUACGACAACAUAGACAUCAAAUCUGCCGGAGAGCUCGGCAUAGCGGUUUGUAACAUGCCGGCAGCCUCGGUGGAGGAGACGGCCGACUCCACGCUGUGCCACAUCCUCACCCUGUACCGACGCACCACCUGGCUGCACCAGGCGCUGCGGGAAGGAACGCGGGUCCAGAGCGUGGAGCAGAUCCGAGAGGUGGCGUCAGGAGCGGCGAGGAUCAGAGGAGAGACGCUGGGGCUCAUCGGGCUCGGCCGGGUGGGCCAGGCUGUCGCCCUGCGAGCCAAGGCUUUUGGCUUCAACGUGAUUUUCUACGACCCGUAUUUGGCCGACGGUGUAGAGCGGUCGCUGGGACUCCAGCGGGUCACCACGCUACAGGACCUCCUCUUCCACUCUGACUGCGUCUCGCUGCACUGCAGCCUCAACGAGCACAACCACCACCUGAUCAACGACUUCACCAUCAAACAGAUGCGUCAGGGUGCGUUCCUGGUGAACACGGCCAGGGGGGGUCUGGUGGACGAGAAGGCCCUGGCUCAGGCUCUGAAGGAGGGGAGGAUACGUGGCGCCGCGCUGGAUGUCCACGAGACAGAACCUUUCAGCUUCAGCCAGGGUCCGCUGAAGGACGCGCCCAACCUGAUCUGCACGCCGCACGCCGCCUGGUACAGCGAGCAGGCGUCGCUGGAGAUGAGGGAGGAGGCCGCCAGGGAGAUCCGAAGGGCUGUGACAGGUCGUAUCCCCGACAGUCUGAAGAACUGUGUGAAUAAGGAGUUCCUCACACCCAACAACCACUGGGCCGUUGACCCAGCCGCGGUCCACCCUGAGCUCAACGGCGCCUACAGGUACCCCCCGGGCGUGGUGAGCCUGCCGGCCGGCGGCCUCCCUCCUCCGGUCGAGGGCAUCGUGCCGAGCGCCGUGCCGAUUACGCACACCCUCCCCCCCGCUGUCACGCACCCUCCUCACGCGCCGUCUCCUGGACAGAACACAGUGAAGCCACCGGAGGGCGACAGAGAGCAGCACCCAAAUGACCAGCUGUAGCCCCCCCCCCCCUCCUCCACCUUCGUCCGACAGGCUCAGGUUGGAUUCCCGACUCUCCGCCCACUGCUUCCCGACAGACAGGUGUCUCACUUCACAGGUGGAGAAGACGACGGCGAGUAGCAGGAGCUGAACGACCGACAGACGCGUUAAUCCACCACCGACGCAGUCGUCCUCUGACCAAUCCUGACCUUUGAUUUCGUCACCAGGAAUAAAAGAGAUUAUUAUUUUAAACUGAUUUGGGGGGAAAACAGAUUAAAACUCCACCGUCUUCAGAGUUA